AUGGGAGCAGAAGUCUCAGUCAUUCCUGCUACCCGUUUAGAUAAAACAAUUGAAUCGGAUAUCAAAUUAUACGCAGCCAAUGGAACUCGUAUCGCUACUUGCGAUCGCCGGCUUAUUGACAUAGAAACUGGUAUUGGAGCAGGCGGUAAAUUAGAGCUCGCCUCCAUUAUUGGUAUCUCUACUAUAAACAAAGAUGAGCCCUAUGCACCUAUUCUUAAGCAGUUCCCUGAAGUUUUUGGGACCACUAUACAUAAAGCUUCAGCAAAACAUGACGUUGUGCACUUCAUAUCAACAACUGGACCUUCAGUCCAUGAACGACCUCGACGACUGACAACCAACAUACUAAAAAAAGCCCGAGAAGAGUAUCAGUUCAUGAUUGAUCAGGGUAUUUGCCGCCCUUGUAGCAGUCCCUGGGCUAGUGCACUUCAUAUGGUGCCAAAAAAAGAUGGCGAUUAG